AUGUUUCUUAAAAUCGCGAUCGUCAGCACUGGCAUCGGUGAAGCCGCGGCGCUGCGCCUUGCAGGACACCACGUUGAAGUAUUUGAGAAAUCCCAGUUUCUCAGUGAACUAGGAGCUGCCCUUGUCGUCGCGCCGAAUGGCAUUAGAGUUCUCACUGCAUUGGGCUUCUCCUGUGAAAAUGCCCGGAGUAAGCCUCAGCCUUGCUUUGAGCUCCGCGACGGACCGACAUUCGAUUCUGUGGCUAGUUUUGAUCUCACAGAUACAGAGCGGAGGUUUGGCGCACCGAUUCAUACUAUGCAGCGAGCAGAUCUUCAUCGAGAGCUUCAUCGUAUCGCUACGAUGGAAGUCCCAGGCCUCCCGGAUAUUAUGUUACACCUAGGUCGCAAGUUGCUAACAGUUGAGCCGGCUGCGGGAACGCUUCAUCUUGAAGAUGGAUCAAGCGUUGAUGCAGAUUUGAUCGUAGGUGCAGACGGCCUUCACUCCAUUCUUAAGCCUCUGGUUCUCGAAGGACAUCCACAGCCACCACUCAAAACAGGUCUUAGUGCUUUCCGAUUCCAGAUCCUACUGAGAGUAUUCAUGAUGUCCAGGACUAUGUUUCACUCGUAG